CCUUCUGACUUUGGCUUCUCUCCUUCAAAGAGAAGAGACCUUCUAUCGAUAAAUUCAGGCUCGUCACCACUUCCGCCGCAGCCGCCGCCAUUACCACCAUCACCGGCACUAUGAGUUCGACGAUGGGAAGGUUGAAGCCGAAAAUGAAGCCCCUCUUGCGUCUCCUCGUGCUGCUUUGCCUCGAGGUGUCGCUCAGAUUAGAAGGAGCGGCAGCAGCAGAGGCGGAGGCACUGCUCAAGUGGAAAGCCACCCUCAAAACGAGAGCCCUCGACGACUCAUGGUCUCCUCUCAACUCCACAAACAAGCCUUGCAAUUGGUUUGGAAUCUCCUGCAACAACAAUGGAAGCGUCGUGGAGAUGAACAUCCAAAACGUGAGCCUUGGAGGUACACUGGACUCCUUCGACUUCUUGUCGCUCCCCAACCUUGAGGUGCUCAUUCUCACCUCUGACUAUCUGUAUGGCCAGAUUCCUGCGGGGAUCGGCCACCUCCCCAAGCUCACCACCCUCGAUCUCUCCUCAAACGGAUUCUCCGGCCACCUGCCACCUGCUCUGGCCAACCUCACUGAGAUCGCUGUUCUGCGACUAAGUAAAAAUAUGCUGACAGGGGAGCCUGAACCAAGGCUCUUCACCAAGUUGGUACAUCUCACUGAGCUUGCACUGGACGGUAACAACCUCACUGGUGUGAUUCCAUCCGAAAUCGGACGUCUGUCAAGACUCGAGUUGUUAACUCUGUCGGAAAAUGGAUUCACUGGCUCGAUUCCAGGUGAGAUCGGCAACCUGACUAGCUUGUCUGUAUUGUUCAUGAAUAACAACCAGCUCACUGGUACACUGCCUUCUACUCUGGGGUACUUGUUCAAGCUCUCUGCACUGGAUAUUUCUCAGAACAAAAUUGCUGGGAUUUAUCAAGGAACCGCCUUACAGGAUCAAUCCCCUCCGCAAUAG